AUGCUGUUCGCGACUCUCUUGGCAUACGCCGCGGCAGUGCGCGUAGCGCGCGCUUGCGGCGACCACGAACACGUCCAUGAGCUCGCGCGUCGCGAGUACCCGCAGACUUACCUCGUCCCGCCGAGCCGCCCGCUCGAAUGGGGCGACCUGAACUUCAUCCACACCACGGACACGCACGGCUGGCUCCUCGGUCACCAGAAGAGCACCUUCCCCGAGCCCAACUACAGUGGCGAUCUCGGAGACUUUGCCUCCUUUGUUGCGCACAUGAAAAAGACCGCCUUGGAAAAGGAUGUCGAUCUCCUCUUGGUUGACUCCGGGGACCUUCACGACGGUACAGGUCUCAGUGAUGGAUACCCGGCUGGCGGCGUUGACGGGCACGAAUCAAACAAGUUCCUGCUGCGGCUGCCCUAUGACGUCAUGGCGAUUGGGAACCACGAACUUUACAUCUACAACGUUACGCGCGACAUGCACACGAACUUCGCGCCCAAGCUCAACGGUCGCUACCUCACCUCAAACGUCAACAUAACCGUCGUGGAUGAGACUGGGGAAGCUGUCACCGUUCCAGUUGGCGAACGGUUUGCCAAGUUCACUACACGCAAGGGUCGCAAGGUUACCGCGCUUGGCGUCCUCUUCGACUUCACUGGUAAUGAUAAAAACACCACCGUGCAAAAGGUGGAAGACAUGGUGAAAGAAUCAUGGUUCGCAGAAGCCAUCGCGGAGGUGCCAGACUUCUUCCUCCUCGCUGGACACAUGCCUAUCACAACCAGUGACAAGUGUCAGGACCUACGUUCUUUCUACCAUUCGGGGGUACACCCUAACACUCCUAUCGUCAUUCUUGGAGGGCACUCUCACAUUCGGAAUUGCGUUCCGUUUGAUGGUCGCGCAAUUGCAUUCCAGAGUGGACGAUACAUGGAGACCGUGGGUUGGCUCAGCCUCAACCUCGACCAUGUCGAUAAAACCAGCAACCUCACGUUCUCUCGCCGAUACCUUGACGCCAACCGCGUAACGUACGAGCAACCAUACCUUCGACACCCAGGCGGCAAGUCCAUCACGUCCGGCCUGCACCACCUCGCGACGCAGUUCGACCUCAACCUCACCUACGGCGUCGCCCCGCACGACUUCCACACGUCGCAGGCGCCCUUCCCGUCCAACGACUCCUCGCUUUCCCUCCUCGCCGAGGCGAUCGCCUACUCGCUCCUCGUCAACAACUCGCGCGCCGCCGUCCCGCACGUCAUGAUCGCGAACACGGGCUCGCAGCGGUACGACAUCUUCGCCGGCGCGUUCACGAAGAACGACCAGGUGACCGCGUCCCCGUUCACGAACGCGUUCGUCUACCUCCCGAACGUGCCCCUCGCCGCCGCCGUCCAGGUCCUCCCCGCGCUCAACGACGCGGGCGAGAACAACCGGCGGCGGGACCUGCGCGGCGGCGCGGCGCGGGGCCCGGACGGGUUCACGGCGCGCGAGCGCGAGGCGUACGCGCGCGGGGACGUCGACUUCGUCUUCCGCGAGUGGCUCGCGGAGAUGGACCGCCGCCGCUUCGGGCCCGAGCGCCGCGCGGCGGCGAACGCGACGCUCGGGUACGUCACCACCGACUCGUGCCCGGGCGUGGGCGACGACAUCCUGCACAGCCCGCUCGCGGUGUACGACUUCCCGGACUUCGUCGGCACGCCCGCGCCGGACGGCCUCGCGGACGACGCGCCCGUCGACCUCGUCUUCACGGACUUCAUCGGCGCGCAGGUGGUCGAGACGCUGAACGCGGUGCAGAGCGCGGUCGUGUUCGCGCAGGGCGACAUCCGGCCGUACACCCCGACGCUCAUCAACGCCGUGCUCGGGAUCUACGCGGAGAGGUACUGGAGCUGA